UUCCUAUAUAUACACACGUAGCUACACUUGUUCAACAUCAACCAAACCAAACUCACUUUACUUCCUUAACUACCUCUUUUUUCUCCUCAAACAACACACGAAAAAUGGAUACUAGUUGCAUAGAUGAUCAAAGCACUACAAGUACCGACUCAUUUCCACCUCCCCAAACAUCACCACCUUGUCUGAUUUUCGAUAUCGAAAAAUCGCCCGAAGGCCUGUCCCGAAUGGGGAGCGGCACGAGCGUAAUUCUCGAUUCCGAAAACAACAACAGCAGCAACAACAACAGUUUAGAAGCGGAGUCACGAAAACUCCCUUCGUCGAAAUUCAAAGGAGUUGUUCCCCAGCCUAAUGGACGCUGGGGCGCUCAAAUUUACGAGAAGCACCAGCGCGUCUGGCUAGGGACAUUCAACCUAGAGAAUGAAGCGGCUAGCGCUUACGACAUCGCGGCCCAGCGUUUUCGGGGCCGCGAUGCCGUGACUAAUUUCAAGCCAUUAUCCGAAACCGAAAACGAUGAUCACGAAUCACGUUUUCUUAAUUCUCACUCGAAAGCCGAGAUCGUAGACAUGCUACGUAAACACACGUACAACGAUGAGUUGCAUCAAAGCAAGCGAAAUAAUAUGUUCGUUAACGACGUUAUUUCGCUAUCGUGCGAAAAAAAUGUUGCGACGCGUGAAAAUUUAUUCGAGAAAACCGUGACGCCGAGCGACGUGGGGAAAUUGAACCGGCUAGUGAUCCCGAAACAACACGCCGAAAAGCAUUUCCCGAUCCAGAACGGAGCGAUUUCGAAAGGCAUUUUGUUAAAUUUCGAAGAUUUUAAUGGGAAAGUGUGGAGAUUCCGUUAUUCGUAUUGGAAUAGUAGUCAGAGUUAUGUGUUGACUAAAGGUUGGAGCCGGUUCGUUAAAGAGAAAGGAUUGAAAGCCGGUGAUGUUGUGAGUUUUAUGAAAUCAACCGGACCGGAUCAGCAGCUUUUUAUUGACUGGAAGGAGAGGAAUGGACCGGGUUUGGGUCAUGAAGCGGUCGGUUUUGCUCCGGUUCGGAUGGUGAGAUUAUUCGGGAUUAAUAUAGUUACCGCUGUUAAUAUUAAUAAUAAAGUCGUUAUUGAAGAAGUUGAUUCGUGUAAUAAGAAGAGAAUGAGAGAGAUGGAGAUUUUAGGGUUAGAGUGUGGUAAGAAACAGAGGAUUAUUGAUGUUGUUUAGCGGCGGCGAUGCGGCGGUUGAGCGGUGGUGUUGUGACGCGUUUAAUCGAACGGGUGGUGGUUUGCAUUACAGCAUUAGUGAGGUUGCAAGUUGAUAAAUUGUAUAUUACUACUUGUUAACUAAGAAAACAGCUGAAGAUAGCUGUAGUGUUUGAAAGUGUAAAGAAUAACUAAUGAAAUUUUUGUUCUGAUUUAUUCUAA